CUGCCUUGAAACUUUGUGUUCUUCCUUAAUCGCGUUGACCAUUCUAUCCUUCAUCUUCUUCUUCCCACUUCUCUGCAAUCCUUUCUCUUUUGAUCCGCACGGUACCCAAAAGAAAUCGAAUAUGUUGGGGGCAGGAUUGGAAUUCAGGAGAAUUCAAGGCGAAGAUCGCUUUUACAGUCCACCCAAAGCGAGAAGAGAGAACCGGAAUCAGCAGAACGAUCAGCCAUGGAGGGAUCAAACCGAUGUUUCCGCGACUCAAUCGAAGGAUAAACUUGUCGUCACUCAUGUGAACCGGGAGUCUCAGAAGGUGGUUGGUUCAACUGAGAAUCCCAAACCGGUGUCGAUUCCCAUUUCCGAACCGAUUGUUUCUCCUUUGAGUAAUUUAGAGCGGUUUUUGGAGUCGGUCAUGCCUUCCGUCCCUGCGCUCCAUCUCUCUAAGACGAAGAUGACAGGGUGGCGGACGUUUACCGAUGAGUUUGAGCCAUAUUUUGUAUUAGGUGAUUUGUGGGAGUCGUUCAAAGAGUGGAGUGCAUAUGGAGUAGGUGUCCCACUAAUUUUGAAUGACUGUGAUUCUGUUGUACAGUACUAUGUACCUUAUUUAUCUGGUAUUCAAAUAUACGCCGAUCCGGUGAAGCUGUCUGCCAAGUCAAGGCAACCAGGCGAGGAAAGUGAUAGUGACUUUAGGGACUCGAGUAGUGAUGGUAGUAGUGAUUGUGAACUUGAAAGAGGAGCAAAUGUUUCGAGAGAGAAAAGAAAUCACCACAUGGCCAGUGAGAUGUCUCUUAGGAUGGACAGAUUGUUCAUUGGAGACCAGCAGAUACUUCAAGAAGACUUCUCUAGUGAUGAGGGUGAAUCUGUCAACUCUCGAAGUUGUCUGAUUUUUGAGUAUUUUGAACAAGAUACUCCUUAUAGCCGUGAACCUUUAGCCAACAAGAUUGCAGAUCUAGCUUUCCGAUUCCCCGAAUUGAAGACACUAAGAAGCUGUGAUUUAUUAUCUUCCAGUUGGAUAUCUGUGGCAUGGUAUCCAAUUUACAGGAUACCUACUGGACCUACAUUAAAAGAUCUAGAUGCUUGCUUUCUGACUUAUCAUUGUCUUCAGACACCUGUAGGAGGCGGAGAAAGUGCUCAAGCACCGACCAUGACAUGUUCCAAUGACAUGGAUUGUCUUCCAAAGAUGUCAUUGCCUGUUUUCGGGCUUGCUUGGUACAAAUUCAAGGCUUCAUUGUGGACACACAAUGGAACACAUGAUUGUCACUUGGUAAACAGCCUCUUUCAGGCUGCAGACAAUUGGCUGAGACUUCUUCAGGUCAAUCAGCCAGAUUUCACAUUUUUCUGCCGCAGGUGAUAUUCAGAUUUCCCUGUAAUGGUAGUAUACCGAUAAAUACCAGAGGGGAAGUGCAAUCGUUACUCAUCGAACAACACCUCUACAAAUUAUAAUACCUCAGUUUUGGAGGUCAAAAGCAAAAGUGCAAUCUGGGGUUUGUCAUCUUGUAUAAAAGAACUGCGAAAAAUAUACGACACAGAAUACUUUGGGAUGGAAGUGAAGUAAAGCUUUCGAAAUAAGGCUUUAGAGGAA